CAGGUAUGGCGCGCAUCAGGCUUCACAGACAGUGGAAAUAGCUUCUUCCCGGCUUUGCACUGCGAAUCAGCCCCACAAAAGCGCUGGCUUUCGUUUUGCAGCUUCUCAGGACAGCGCGGCGAUCCUCCGAUGGAAUCGGGAUCAUCCAGACCUCCAGCUGCUGAAGGGUCAGGCGAUCUUAGAAGUCAAUGGAUGCAUCAGAAGCAGCGAGAUGAUGGAGCACCUUCGACAUUCGAAGACUCUCGAGAUGCGGGUAUCCUUUCAACUGACCCCUGCGUUGCAGAUGGUGAGCCAAGUGGCGGAGCGCAAGCAGAGAACGCAGGAGGCGGUGGAGGCGAAACUGGAUGAGGUUCAUUGUGCAGAUGAUCAUUGCGCCAUUUGCUUCGAAGACAUGAAGACCUGCCAAGCAGUGAGGCUUCCUUGCGGCCACUGCUUUCACAAGGGCUGUGUCACCAAAUGGCUGGUGUCAAAGCAAUCUUGCCAAAGAUGUCCCUUGUGCAACCAGCAGCUUUUGACAAACCCAUGAGCCUGCUGCGUGAGAGACAGCAAUGAGCUUCUUCCACAACCUUUGUUGGUUACUCUAUGACUGCCUUUCGCAUGCCACUAGGGCGGCGGGGGCAGCACAGCAAAUGCAGAAUCAUCGACCACCGGUAAAGACCUUUGCAGCCGCCAGGGCCAUUGGUCUUUGCUCGGUGCGGCACCGUACAGCCACGAAUUUGUGUACCCCAUUUGUGCAGGCAGAGGGGGUCCACAAGGAUUGCAUUUUGUCCAUGUUGAGAUAAUUAGCUUUUGGAAGGCUUGGCUUCCAAGGUGUCCAAUUCUGUCCAAUCGGUUGGAUUGCGGCUCGCGGCCCCUCGUGCUGCCAUUGUAGAGGUUGCCGCAACACGGCAGUACGCACGGGUUUUUGAGCCACGCUGCAGGCAGGCAAGUGGCCACUAGGGACACUCGUCCAUGCUGGGUAGCGAUACUGUAGCACGUAGGGCGAACUGGUUGUACAUCACUGACACUGUACUUCCAAGGUGUCCAAUCGUUUGGAUUGGGGCUCCAGCCCCCUUGCAUCUACAGCUGCGCUGCCAUUGUAGAGGUUCACGGCAG